AUGUCACUAGGCAUUCAAAUCGCUAUAGACCGUGGUGGCACGUUCACCGACUGCUUGGGUAGGAUUCCUGCGUCCGGAGAUCGGCCCGAAAGAGAUAUUGUGAUCAAACUACUGUCUCGAGAUCCAAACAAUUACCGCGAUGCACCGACAGAGGGUAUCCGGCGUAUCCUAGAGAUGGCCUCGGGCCGCUCCAUUCCACGCUCGGAAAAGAUAUCAACCCAGGAUAUCGCCUACAUUCGUUUGUCAACUACAGUGGCUACAAAUGCUCUACUAGAGCGCGAUGGUCAGCGUCAUGCGCUCAUUACCACGAGAGGGUUCCGAGACAUUGUUCAAAUCGGGAACCAAUCUAGACCUGCUAUUUUUGAUUUGGCGAUCCACAAGCCUGAGGUUCUCUAUGACCAAGUUGUUGAAGUCGAUGAGCGUGUUACGGUGGUUGGUUAUAGCUCUGACCCGCACGCUCGCGAACACAGUGUCCAGUUUUCGUCGAUGGGCCGAGAUGCACGGAUUACAAAACCAUAUACCGGAAAAGAUAAGUUGCCAAGCGCAUCACCACUCAAUAUGCCUUACAAGGAGCCUGACAUUGUUCGAGGAAUCUCUGGUGAAGCUGUCGCUAUUCUUCAGAAGCCAGACGAAGCUCGUGUCCGCCAAGACCUGGAGCGAUUGUAUGCUGAGGGCUAUCGCAGUUUAGCAGUUGUGUUUAUGUUCAGCUAUACGUAUCCCGAGCAUGAGCAACUUGUGAAAAGAAUUGCACAAGAGAUCGGCUUCCCUAGCAUCAGCUGUAGUGCGGAAUUGAUGCCUAUGAUCAAAAUGGUACCGCGUGCUACAUCAGCAACAGCAGACGCAUAUUUAACGCCAGUAUUGCAAGCAUAUAUUGAUGGCUUUUUUAGCGGAUUUGAUUCUUCGUUGCGUGACGGACGGGCUGGCACAAGAGUCGAAUUUAUGAUGUCCGACGGCGGCCUGACAUCUGUUGAGCAUUUCUCGGGUCUCAAGUCCAUUAUCAGUGGACCGGCAGGUGGCGUAGUGGGCAUGGCUCUCACGACCUAUGACAAGGAUGACGGCCGUCCGUGUAUUGGCUUUGAUAUGGGUGGCACAUCGACUGAUGUGUCCCGGUAUGCUGGAAAGUACGAACAGGUGAUGGAGACAACGAUUGAUGGUGUCACGAUUCAAAGUCCACAGCUCGAUGUCAAUACGGUUGCAUCUGGCGGCUCGUCGAGACUCUUUUUCCGCAACGGUUUGUUUGUCGUGGGCCCUGAAAGUGCGUCGGCACAUCCAGGACCAACGUGUUACCGUAAGGGUGGUCCAUUAGCGAUUACGGAUGCCAACCUUGUCACUGGCCGCCUGGCGAUGGAGAUGUUCCCACGUAUUUUUGGUCCAGAUGAGAAUGAGGGUCUGGAUGUGGAUGCGUCGACCCGAGCAUUUGAAGAGCUCACAGAGCGCAUCAAUCGCGAGACAGGUCGCACCAUGAGUGUCGAUGAGGUUGCUCAAGGGUUCAUUCGCGUCGCGAAUGAGGCCAUGUGCCGCCCGAUUCGAUCAUUGACCCAGGCGCGUGGCUACUCGACCUCGAAGCAUGUACUUGCUUGUUUCGGAGGUGCUGGUGGCCAGCACGCCUGCUCGAUUGCGCGUGCUCUCGGAAUUACGACGGUCGUUGUGCAUAAGUACUCAUCUAUUCUGUCUGCGUAUGGCAUGGCGCUGGCGGAUCGUGUGUUUGAAGUGCAGGAGCCAUGCAAUGAGACAUGGGAAACCACGAGCUCGUUUGACACAUCGACAGCAUUGGGUCGGAUUCAUACGCGUGCACAAAACCUCACCAAGCACGCUGAAGACGAGCUUCAUCGGCAGGGCUUUGCUCGUGACCGCAUUCACACAGACACGUAUCUGCAUAUGCGAUACGAUGGCACAGACACAGCACUCAUGACCCUCAAGCCAGCAGAUACCUGGGACAUGGAGUCAGUGUUUGUGAACAAUUACCGCCAGGAAUUUGGAUUUGUACUUGCUGAUCGCGCCAUUCUGGUUGACGAUAUUCGUGUGCGUGCAGUGGGACGCACGUUUGACUCGCUUGGUCCGUCUGUGCUGGCAGAGCAUGCAACGCAGUGUGCCAAGUCAGAGACGCCAUUUCCAAAGGCCAAGGCACUGGACACAGCGAGUUUUAGACCCGUCUACUUCGAUGGCCAGGGUCGCGUGCGCACGGCCAUCGUACGGCUGCGCAACCUUGCGAUAUUCGAGAGUGUGCCGGGACCAGCCAUUUUGAUUGAUGAGACGCAAACCAUUUUGGUUGAACCGCGCUGUGAAGCAUAUAUUCUCAGCCAAGCGGUGCUGAUUCGUGUUCAGUACGAUGAGUAA